CAAGUGCGCACGCUCGCUCUCUUGUCUCCAGCGUGACGUAUUUCUCGGUCAGCUAGCUUCUAAGCUAGUUGGCUAGUUGUUGUAGUUAACCGCGUACACUAGAGUUGGUUAACGUUAGCUAACUAGCUAACCGAGUUACUAACGCUUUCUGCCCCGGUGACUGUCAACACUGGCCAUGGAUGACGAAAGCCACCCCAAAACCCUGUAUGUGGGAAACCUCUCAAGAGAUGUAACAGAAAUUUUGAUUCUGCAACUCUUCACCCAGAUAGGGCCUUGUAAAAGUUGUAAGAUGAUCACUGAGCAUACAAGCAAUGACCCCUAUUGCUUUGUGGAGUUCUUUGAACACAGAGAUGCUGCUGCAGCGCUUGCAGCCAUGAACGGGAGGAAGAUAUUAGGAAAGGAGGUCAAAGUAAAUUGGGCAACCACUCCAAGUAGUCAGAAGAAAGACACGUCCAAUCACUUCCAUGUGUUUGUGGGUGAUUUGAGCCCUGAGAUUACCACUGAGGACGUCAAGGCUGCAUUUGCACCUUUUGGGAAAAUCUCGGAUGCCCGUGUUGUGAAGGACAUGACGACAGGCAAAUCAAAGGGGUAUGGAUUUGUGUCCUUCUACAACAAACUGGAUGCAGAGAAUGCCAUCAUUAACAUGGGGGGACAGUGGCUUGGAGGACGCCAAAUCAGGACUAACUGGGCUACACGUAAACCACCUGCUCCAAAGAGUGUCCAGGAGAAUUCCUCAAAGCAUCUGAGGUUUGAUGAUGUGGUGACACAGUCCAGUCCACAGAACUGUACCGUGUACUGUGGAGGGAUCCAGUCAGGACUAUCAGAACACCUAAUGCGACAGACCUUCUCACCGUUUGGCCAAAUAAUGGAAAUCCGAGUUUUCCCAGAGAAAGGAUACUCCUUCAUCAGGUUUUCCUCUCAUGACAGUGCUGCCCAUGCCAUUGUUUCAGUUAAUGGCACAGCUAUUGAAGGACACAUAGUGAAGUGUUACUGGGGCAAAGAAUCUCCUGACAUGGCAAAAAAUCCACAGCAGGUUGAGUACAGCCAGUGGGGACAGUGGAACCAACUAUAUGGGAAUCCACAGCAGCAGUAUGGGCAGUAUAUGACCAAUGGGUGGCAAGUCCCCUCUUACAGCAUGUACGGCCAAUCGUGGAACCAGCAAGGAUAUGGAGUAGAGCAGUCACAGUCACCGGCAUGGAUGGGAGGUUUUGGAUCUCAAUCUGCCCAGGCUACAGCCCCGCCUGGGCCAGUCAUGUCCAACCUGGUCAACUUCAGUAUGGCUGGUUACCAAACACAGUGAGCUGUCCAUAAAUGUAGUGUAAUAUAAAGGGGGUUUGCCCACCUUAUUAGACCACAGCACUUUUUCAUCUGGUCAGCUGCUGUGGUAGAAGAAGAGCAGGGGCCAUAUUCACAAAGCCUUUGUAGCCAAUAGUUGCUUCUAAACAACAAGUUUAAUAGUUAUGUUUUAAAUGACACUGUUCUUUCAUUCAGAACUUUUAAGUAGUUUAUUUGAUGAUUAUUCAUAGUUCUCUUGUGGAAAAGUGCACCCGGGCUUCUGAAGUAAAGCCAAACCAACUGUCUAAGUAGAUAAUAAAGGUCAUGCCAACCCUUAAAACGUUACCCAGUGUAUGACAAAGAUGGUCUGCAAUAUUAGCAUGCUUACCAGGCAGCUAUCUUAACAGACCCCUUUUGAUGCUUUCCUCUUUUACACACUGACCAAUGAGUUAAACCACCAAGAAGUCGGCGCAGUCCCUCAAAGUGAUUGUUGUGGAUUCAGAAGUUGAGGAAAUGUUUGUAUGUAUUUAAAUAUCCUAAAAUCUACACAUAGAAACAUACCAGCUAAGUUUUUUUUAAUGGAGCUAAAGCACACUUACUGCAAGCAGUGUUACCCCAGCAGCUAACAGGAACAUUAAAAUCCUUGGAAACCUCAAACUUUACAACAUUAAUAUUUAAGUAUUAAACUAUAGCAAUAUUUGGUCUCAGUUUGCCAAUAUGUUUUUUUAUAUUUCAGUAUAAAAUUGUUUGUUACACACUUGUCAAAAUGUUUUUUACUCGUCAUACUUGAAGCAUUUUGCUGUCAUUUUAUACAACAGAAGACAGAACUAUAUUCAAGGGUUUAGGCAUUGAUUAAGUUAAUUUUUGUCAAAUAGGUCUUUUAAAUGGCAUACAGUAAUGAUACUGAACAUAUCCAGCUGAUAUGAUCGGUCACCGUGAAAUUUUGCUACAAACUGCACAAAGCCACAACAAUGAACCAACCUACUAAACACUGGUUUGGACUUAGCUUCAGCUGAUAGCUACAUAUUCAGUCCUGUUUUCCUAUAUUAAUGGAAAAUGCUUUGUGAAUAGAGGCCCCCUGAUGGUAGUUUGUGAAGCAUCUAUUUGCAUAAGCAAAUGUGGCUUUAAGUGAGAUUUUAGGGGGACAUGUUAUCUAAUCUUGUGUAUUAAGAAAAUUUCACAGA